AGCUACAGUGAAAAGUGUAGAAGAAAAGACUAAGAGAGACAACGGUAAAAAAUAUGGAAUAUUUUUAUUGGCCCAAGGAAAAUCGAAAAUCGUAGCACUAGCCUUCGGUGAUAUUUAUGAAGCGGCGAGAAAUGUUUUAAUGCCCACCAAAAAGAUCACUUUUCCAACCAAAACAUUUUCAUGCCAGCCUAGAAAAAAGAGUUUUGAAUCAAUGUCUACUUGCAAAUACGAAAUGUUUUUUCAGAACGGACCAUUUAUUUGGGACGCUAAAAAAACACUUGAUACUUCUCAGGCACGAAGCACAAUCAGUGAACCGUGUAGUAGUAUCCAAGAAGUUCUCAAUGAACUAUCAAACACCAAACAAACAGUUACAAAAAAGUUGAAGUCAAUAGAAUUCCAUGGUGGAAAAAUUUACCGCUAUUGGGGAUGCGAAACUUGUUGCACCAGUAUUCCUAGGAAACACACCGACGGACAGUACUACUGUAAUGGAAUAAAGUGCAACGAUAAAAAAACUCGUAAGAGUAAAAUUGGUGUUGCUACUCAGCGUAAACUAUGUUUUACGGUUUAUGACCUUGAACUUUCGGACAACAAAAAUGAAACCAUCGCGUCAGCUGUUGUAUUCGAUAGAAUAUGUGGAAAACUUCUACAGAAAUGUGGAUAUGAGUUCCGAGUAGAUGAAGAAGUAGUAGAAGCAUGGAACAAGCUAAUAGCUAGAUACCGUUUCGACAUAACAAUCAAACGCAACAAGAAGAAGAAAGGCGAUCAGUACCUUCCAGCAGUAAUUGUAAAUGAAGUGGAUAACGUUGUUCAGCAGGAUGCAGCGGGAGAAAUGACAAAUGAAUAUCGGGGACCAUGGCCAAAAUUUCCCAAAUAUGAAAUGAAGUUGAAACAAAUUGCAGAGCCAUCUUGCAAUCCUUGCGACCGGAAAUAUAAAAUUUCCUCAAAGCCACCGGGACUAGUCUUGCUCAUCAAUAACUAUCAUUACCCAAAUAUGCACGAGCAAGAGAGAAAAGGAUCCGAUAUCGACAUAGAAAGUAUUUACAGCGGGUUCACGGAAAUGGGAUACAAAAUUUUCGGUAACGAGUGGCUAAUGGAUAUCCAGACAAGAGAGGACUUUUCAAAUAUAAUUGCUGAAUUUAAGAGACAAUUGAUCGAAGAGGAAGUCGACUCUAUUUUCAUCAUUAUAUCGAGUCAUGGUGUCAACCAUGGUAUUGAUUUAGCUGGAGGCGAUCGUAUAAAUGUGCUGACAGAGCUAAUGAUUCCAUUUUCGGAUGAUAAUUUUCCGGAAUACCAGGGAAAACCGAAAGUUUUCAUGCCGAUUGUAUGCCAACAUAUGGCCGGAUUUGACGAUGACUAUACAAAUUCUCUGGACGAUCUUGGUCUGGAUAAUAAACUGUUUGAUAUGUUGAUUUGCUGCCCUGCACUUCCUGGCUACGCACAAAAUCGGAUCAAUAAUUGUGGAACGUUAUACUCACAGCUUUUGAUGAAAAAUCUCAUGGAUUAUGCGCAAUGGUGGGACUUGGUGCAGAUUUUAAAUAAGGUGCAAUAUGAUGUUAAGGAGGAAAUUGUAAAGAACGAUCUAAAGAAGUGGACAGUACCCCAUCAUAUUACAAUCGUUUUUCGUCCAUUCUAUCUAAUUCCGAUAGCAUCAGGUUAAAAUUGAUUUUACACCAUUGGUUGCGAACAUUCUAUUUGC